AUGGGUAAAAUUAAAUUUAUUUUAUUUAUUUAUCAUGAGGAAUAUUUGCUGAAUGAUGACAACGCCGGUAUCAACGGUGAAUUAAAACAAAGUAAAUUUAAAACUGAGAAAAUGUUUUCGCCUGAGGAACAACAGAUUGAAAUUUGUCUUCUGAAAUCCAAUUUAGAAAAAAUUGGAGACGACCUGUUAGUUCAAAAUUCUGCAUUGCCUGCCUUGGACGCGGAAAAUGAGCAAAAAUACAGAGAGACUAUGACGGCGCUGCAAGUAGCUCGCUCUCUUAACGCUGAGAGGGAAAGGUUAAAUCUGGAAAAUGUUAAGUUGACAGCCAAAAGAAUGCAGUUAAAACGACAAUGCGAAGACAUAACUAAAGAGCUAGAAACCGCCAGAGAAAACCGGAACCGACUCACAGAUUUAUUGAAGCAAGAUGAGAAAUACAUCGACCAGCUAAUUGGAAAUUAUGAAGAUUCGUUGCGCAAAAAAGCAGAUCGUUUCAGGGAAACGAGCUCUUUUUAUAAUGAAGACCUAAUGAGAUUGGAGAUAGAAAAAGUUAACAAUACAAUAAAUGAGCUACAAGCAGAUAAGACGAAUCGUGAGAAAGUCGUAGAAAAUUUAAAAGUCAAGCUGAAUAGCCUCGAACCAGACGUGCCUGAAGAUCUGUUGAAAAUAUUAGGAAAAAUAGAGUUGGAAGAGAAGAUUAUUGAGAUCGCAAAGAAAUACGAAGCCUUGUGUGAUAGGCAAAAACAACUCUUUCAAAAAUAA